UUCGGUGUUGAGAUGUGAAACAGGCCGUGUACAAGUUAUUUUCCCAGUUUCAUGAGUUCUUUGGGAAGAAUGAGGAUUUUUCGGUGCACUUGCUGACAAGAUAAGGACAAUGGCCGUCGGCAACUCUCGGAUAAACCUCCCCACGUUGGCAGUUUUCCUGGCUAUUGCCUGGACCACUCAAGCACAGUUACUGCUCCGAAAAAACGACCUGUCGGUGAAAAUUGGCAGGUCUGUCUACUUCCUUCCCGAGGAUUUCACUUUUAGUCCCAUGAAAGGAACAGAAAAGUGUCGUUUGGAGGUCGUGCAAAAUGACCCAAUUACCCAGCGUGCAGGCCGAGUGGAACCGCAGGUGUUUGACUGUAACUUUAAGAGGAACAGUGUGAAGUACAUUCACAGCGGAUUUCCACUCUUGUCAGAGGAUGUGGUGAAGUUACGCGCUCACAAAUUUACGGACUUAGAAACAGUGACUGAGACAUUUUAUCUACAUGUUAAUAUUGUAAAUAUCACCUAUGAUGUUAUAAGCAGGGACCACCUUCAGGCUGUGAGGGUUUCAGAAUAUUAUGGGAUAUCAAAUCCUAUUGACUCGUCUGUGAUUCGUUUACGUUACAACACCAACAGUAAUGUGUCGUGCACUGUUGGCUUCUCCAAGUACAAGUCCCAAUGGCCAAUUGCAGGUCAGAUGGUUAUGGGUGACAAGAAACGUGUUGUCGAUGCUGUGAAGAAAGACUGUCGAGAAUUCUUGUUUAUGGAUUUACGAUAUGAGCACUUGAAGCCACCAUUACCAGAUGUGGAUUACCUCCCUUUGACAGUUAGUUUGUAUGACCCUUCACUCAGUGAUGAAGUGAUCGUGGAGCAGUACUUUCUUCCAAUCUACAUUCAAGGAGCAUUUCCAAACUCGCUCCCCAGAGCUUCCUUCAUGAGUAUGUAUAUCAUGGAUGUUGACCAGUUCGUCCUGUCAACAAUCGUUCCUGGAGUCAUUUCAGCUGAGGACCAGGAAACCCCUGUAAGUGACCUCAUCUUUAACAUAAGUAAGCCACUGGCACAAGGUGAAGGUUAUUUGGUGAACUUGGAUGACCCCACAGCACCGAUCACAUCCUUCCUUCAAGAUGACCUUGAAAGUCACAGAAUUGGUUUCCAGCCUCCCAAUGUCAGCUUCGCGGAGAGGAAAGUAUACGAAGUCGGAUUUACAGUAUUUGACAGUCAUUUUGCACACAGUUUACCCAUCAUGCUUCACAUAGCAGUAAGGCCGUCUGCCACUCAAGCUCCCAGAGUGUCGUUGAAUAAAGGAUUGGUUUUACUGGAAGGACAGUCUAGAGCAAUAACAUCCAGUGACCUUCAAAUCGUUGACAAGGACAACAUCCGUAAUGUCAGGAUAUUCAUCAAAGGUGGCUUGAAACAUGGCCGCUUGGAAGUGAACGGAAGGGCUACGAUAUACUUCACUCCAGCCGACAUUCACGCCGGCAGGGUCAUGUACCAUCACGAUGACACUGACACUUUGCGGGAUCACGUAGAGCUACGCAUCACCGAUGGCAGGAAUACUGUGCGAGCUACAUUUCCAAUUAACAUCAUUCCAAAAGAUGACAGUCCACCAUACCUGGUCAGCAAUUUAGGCUUGGAACUGAACGAAGGUGAAACCGCUCAGAUCAGCGCACAGGUUUUGAGUGCCCAAGACUCAGAUUCCUUGGAUGAUAACAUCAUCUUCACCAUUGCAAGCCCUCCCAAGAACGGUGAGGUAGUGCAGCGGAUUCGUCCUUCUGACAAAGGCAGACUCAUAAGCCAAUUUGGACAACGAGAGCUUCUGAGAGGCCAGGUGUACUAUAAGCACUACGGGAAUGAGAUUUUCAGCGACCAGUUUGAGUUCACUGUCAAAGACAAGCAAGAGCCACCAAAUGUUUCCGGAAAGCAACUUUUCCGAAUCCAUGUGAAUCCCGUCAAUGAUAACCCUCCUCAGAUUGUACCUGAGGCCACGAGGUUGAUGUACGUGAAGGAGACAGACGUGGCAUACCUGAGUAAGUCGCAGCUCUGCUACACAGAUGUGGAAACCAUUGAUGAGGAUCUGCUCUACACCAUUGCGAGUCCACCGUACUUUGUAUAUAGUUCAGGAAGAGAAGAUGCUGGGCGCCUGAUCGCCACCCAUGAACUCACCAUGGUGAUGAAGGACCAGAACAUUCCACCCGUGUUGGCCUUCAAACAGAGCGACAUCAACCAUAUGAAGAUAGCCUAUAUGCCACCGAUGGCGGACAUUGGACCUGAGCCAAGGCUGGUCCGUUUUGUGUACACUGUUCAGGACGGAAGUGGUAACAAAGUUCUCGGGCAGCAUUUCGACAUAGAGGUGCAGCCUGUGAAUAAUCAACGUCCAAAGUUCAUAACCAGUAAACUAUUGGUUGAGGAAGGCGGUGUGUUGAGCAUCUCCACCAAUCAGCUGUCUGCGAUGGAUUAUGAUACCCCGCUCGAGGAGCUGGUUUUCGGAUGUAAAUCUGUUCCCAGAUUUGGAACCUUACAAAAGCAGGGUAUGACCAUGAAGGCUGGAGAUACAUUUACAAUUAAAGAUCUUCGCAAACAGGCUAUAAGGUAUUUACAUGACGGCUCUGAGGUAGUUCUUGACAGCUUUGUUCUGAACGUCUCUGAUGGCCUCCACAAAGUUUCCAAAGUGAUCACUAUAGAUAUCGUGCCAGUGGAUGACCAGGCACCGCAGCUCUAUGACAAUCUGCAUGCUCAUCUCAUAGUGUCUGAAGGAGGCGAGGCUGUGAUCACACAGUCUGUCCUGGCAGCACGAGAUGAGGACACAGACGAUGAACUCCUCACCUUUCUUGUCGUCAAGCAGCCCAGGCACGGCACUCUCAAGCUGAGAGGGGAAACUAUCACCAAAUUUACACAACAGAACGUGAAGGACAGGGCAGUCAAGUUUGUGCACAGCAGUGGGGAGAUAGGACCAAACACCAUGUACGAUUCCAUUACGUUCAUAGUGUCAGACCAGGUUUACCCCAGUCCAGCUGAUCUUCCAGUGUACGACCUGAAUAUAACCAUUACACCUGUGGACAAUCAGAGACCAGUGGUUCUCUCAGGUAAUCCCAUCUUUGUUAAUGAGGGAGAGAAAUAUCGAUUCACACCUGAAGCUCUUGGAGCCCGAGACCUGGAUACGCCACCAUUUUUACUGGAGUUUAUCAUAACCAAGCAACCACAGUGGGGUUAUGUCGAAAACACGAAACCGAACCCAGGGUCGGAGAGGAGUAAUGCCGGAGUCAGAGUCAACUCAUUUAAAGCCCAAGACGUCAUUGAUGGUACUAUUAAUUAUGUUCAAGGAAACCAUAUUGGAGCUGAGCCUUUGUAUGACUCCUUCGAGCUGUACGCUACUGAUGGAAAACUGAAUUCUCCCCUGGCAACCUUGUCCAUCACAAUAGUUCCUCAGAAUGAUGAACUCCCAGAUGUUAUGCUGCAAGACUUUAUACUGGCUGAAGGUGGGAAGAUGAUCAUUGACCAAUCAAUGGUGGAUGCCAUUGAUCUUGACCUGCCCAAGGAUCCAAUCACCUUCACCAUUUCCCGACCUCCACAGCACGGAGAGCUGAUGAUGAUAAUGCACACAGAAAAUGGAGAGUUGAAUGUCCCGGUGGAGGACUUCACAAUUGAUGAGCUCCACAGUGGGAUGAGCCUCCUGUACCAGCAUGAUAACUCUGAGACAAAUCAUGACAGAUUCAGUGUCAAGGUGUCUGAUGGCAGACACACUGUCCAGAAAACAUGCAACAUCACUGUGACACCGAUAAACGACGAAAAACCCGAGGUGGUGAAGAACACAGGGCUGAGGAUAAGCUACGGAGAAUCUGGUUUCAUUUCAAGUGUUGUUCUGCAGGCAGAGGAUAAGGACAACAACGACAAGCACAUCUACUUCAUCAUCACGAAAUUGCCAGAUAGAGGACAGCUGCAGUUUAGACCUGAUGAUGAACCCCCGACAAAACAGUCUAUCUGGGUAGAUAUGGAAAUCAAUCAGAACUUCACCCAGCACCACAUUGACAACAACAAGGUUAGAUACGUCCACACGGGCAGCAUGAGAAACUUGGAGUCCGAUCACUUCACUUUUGUCUUGUCAGAUGGUCUUAACAAACGGCAAACUGAAACGUUCGAAAUUCAGAUAAGGAAUUCGCGAAAGUCGCCUAACAUCGCUGUUCUGAACAGAGGCCUCCGAGUGGAGGAAGGGGAGAGGAAAAUCAUCACCACUGGAAAUCUGAGCGCUUCUGAUGAGACAACGAAAGCAGAGGAGAUCGUAUUUGCCAUAACAAAAUCGCCACGUCUGGGUCAGCUGGAGUAUAUCAACAGACCUUUCAUUUCCAUCAGCAGUUUCACACAGUUGGACCUUGCAGGACAACUCAUUGUGUACCACCAUCUGAGCAAGAGCGACAUUGUCUCCGACCAUUUCAACUUCACAGUUACCAACGGCUUCAGCGAGUCCAAGGAUGGCAUCUUCAACAUUGAGGUCAAUCCACAUGACAAGAUCCUUCCAAGUUUGAUGAUCAAUGCUGCAUUGACAGUGCUGCAGGGUUCUGAGGAAGCCGUGACACCAUUGCACUUGAAGAUCACUGAUCCUGACACUCCCAUACAGAACCUGACCUUCAUCAUUGCCAAGCCUCCCUCUUAUGGACACUUGUACAACCGAGGUGUCCUCAUCACUCAGUCCUUCACCCAGUAUGACAUUGACAGAGGAUACAUCUCGUACGAGAGCUACAGCAGCCACUCUGGACUAGACCAUUUCCUGUUCAUGGUCACUGAUGGCAGACAUGAAGGCUUUCUUAUCAAUGAAACCCUCCAGUCCCAGCCUGUGGCCUUCAGCAUUGUAGUCACACCUUUACAAAAUGAUGCUCCGAAACUGGUAGUCAACAAGUCUCCUGAUACUCUGGAGUACCUGGGUAGAGGGCGCUACGGGUUUAUCCUUAGCAACAAGAAUCUCCGUGCAGAGGAUUCAGAUACUGAUCCAUCUCAGCUGAUGUACAUCCUUAUGGAGAGGCCGCAGCAUGGGCAUCUGGAGAAUGUUGUCUCCAAGCGCUUUGUGAGGCGCAGGUUUACGCAGAGAGAUCUGGAUGAAGUGGCGCUCUGGUACGUCGUCGAGGACAAUGAUGGUGCCACCAAUGAUAGCUUUGCUUUCCGUGUGGAGGACAUCAGAGGAAAUCUAUUGGACAGGAAGAAGUUUGUGCUGAAGUGGUCUCGCGUGGAGUUUGCCAGGACAGACUUUGUGGUGUGUGAGAAUAUGGGCUCUCUCUCCCUCACCCUCACCAGAACUGGGUCCUUGGAGGAAUCAGCUUUUGUGGGCAUCAGGGUUCGCGAUCUCUCUGCUAAGGCCGGCGAGGACUUCACCAGUAGCUCUGCUAGACAAGUACAGUUUAGUCCAGGUGUUUCCACGGCAACCUGGAGUUUGACUUUCAAAGAGGAUCAUUUGGAGGAAAAUAACGAACGCCUCAAGCUGAUGCUAGACCAGCCAGUGAACACGAUUAUCGGCGAAAAGGAACGAGCUAGGAUUCAAAUCAUCGAUGCUGACCCUCAGACUGGCGAGUGUCCUCAGUACAUUGGCAUGAUCAGCAAGAACCAGCCUCUAGACAUUGGACCUUUGGAUUUCCCUCUGUCAGCUGGUGGCAGAAAAACAGUGCUGUCUACACGUCACCAGCUGGCGGGCCCCCUCCCUCUGAGCCCUCGUCAUGAUACACUGUUGCCAGGUGUGAUAAAGGGAGCUCAGCAAGACGAGAGUCCUGACAACAGAGAGGAGCAAGAACCACCCCCAAAACCUGAGCGCAAGAAGAAACGGAAGAACAAGAAGAAGAAGAAGAACAAGAAACGAAGGCGAAAACUGAAGACGAAAUCUCGGCGAGAUAAGAAGCCUAAUGCUGUCAGCAGCGUAACAAAGUCACCCGUGAAGCCUGUCCCAGUCCUCAAACCUAGUCCAGUCCCUAGAGCCCCCAAAUCUCACCUCAUACAGGCUCCUCAGAAGUGUGACAGCAGCACUAAGGGACUGUUGCACUUUGACCUGGAAAACCAGCAGAUGUUUAAAUGUGAUGGGAGGAUGUGGAAUGCUUGGCGACCUCAGCAGAGUCAAGAUGAUGAGCAACCCAGUAGUCACAAUUGUCAACCAGGUUGGUCCGAGUUUGAUGGUCGUUGUUACCUGUAUGUGAAUGACAAAGUCUCGUGGAAUGACGCUGAGCAGGUGUGCCGUGUUUCACACCAGGCAGAUUUGGUGUCUGUACUUUCCGAGUCUCAUCACAAGUGGCUGUCAGAACUGGCGGGGAGAAAUGCUUUCUGGAUAGGUUUAAAUGACAAGCGGAUGACGAACAAAUGGGAGUACUUAAACGGAGACCCUAUAGCGUAUACCAGCUGGAAAAACGGAACACCUAGGGUAGCACCCAGAAAGAAACAUAAAAAGAACUGUGUGAUGGUGAAUAGGAGGAAAAAAUGGAAGAACAAGAAAUGUGAUGGCCCAAGAGCUAAAAUUCUGUGUGAAAAACAAGCUACCACCACAACCAGCCACUCAAAUCCCUCUAAAGGGUUUUUCUUUGGAUUUUAAACCCGGAGUCAAAAAUCCCUGGGACUUUUGUUGGCCACAUGACAGGUCAUGUGACCAUGACAUUGACAAUGCUUGCAGUUACAUGCUCAGACGCACAGUUGGAAAGCAAUAGUGUCAACAUAACUGACGCAAAAGUCUGAAAGAUCUGUUUGAGGAAGAAUUUGUGUGACAUUUUUGAUGCUUAGCCCAAACAGGACUGGGUAUUGAAAUAAAAAAAAAAAUAGACACUGUGUUGCAUGGGGUAAGUUUAGGGAAGAAAAGGGGCUGUACAGGAGGAAAUUUUAGAGUGAAAAAGGUUGUGCAGUGGUUCACAAAACUCCCUCCUUUGAUCAGGUGACCUAGCUAUUUUAAUUACUGUGUAGUUUUCUACAUCGUUAAUUAGCCCUGAUAAUGGGAUUGUUGUUGUUGUUCUUGUCAAGAAGACUAUUAUAAUACGCGGAAUUUUAAUGGUAGGUCAUUAAACGCAUUUUUUCCUUUAGAAACCAAACUGUUGAGCAUCAUGUUCAUGUGUCUGUACUGGUGUAAGAAAUAGUGUACGAGUUAAAAAAAAAAAAAAAAAGCAAAAACACAUUCAUAAUCUCAUGUCAUCAUAAAAAUUUCAACACCAACACGAGUUUUGAACAAGACAUUCUGAAGUAGAUGAAAAUUUGAAUAACUGAUGGAAUGCAUGAACACUAGUUCUGAGUUUAAGGAAAAGGAAUUUGAAAUCCUCUUUCUGUAGGACAUGUUUUCAAGAUGAUCACCUGUUGAAAAUAUACCAAAGAUAUUGGUUAUUCUUACAAUGUUGUGCUAUUCAAAACCUGAAGAAGUAGGCAAAUGCAGUAGUUGUUCAAAGUCUUGACAGAAUGAAAACAACUGUUCAAAGAUGCACCUCUAUCUGAAAAAUACAAAUCUGUUGUUGAUUACAAGAUCAAAAGUUAAUACCUGAACUGGUGAGAUAAAAUGAAAUAAUCAACUUUAUCAAGAACUUUAGCUAAAGAGAUGUAAAUAUUAAAUUAUUUAGGUGAGCCUACUUGUGUACUAAGCCAUAUAAUAGUCUCUAUUAUAACAAGUUGGACGCAGCUUAUAUUAACCCUUAUAGCUUUAUAGCACUAGCAACAUGUUUGAAAGCAACAGUGUUUGUAUGCUAUGGGUCAUUAUUUUGUACAUAUUCCUUGUUACACAAUGCAUUUUCCUUUUCUAAGAUUUUUUUUUUUUUUAUCACCUAAUGCAUUUGUUAGAAAAUAGUUAUGUUCAAUUGUUUUAUUUUGCAGAGACUACUCACCAGUUUCAUUCGCCAUAUAGACUUUCAAUCUCAUGUGUACACUUUUCAAUUAAAUAUAUGUUUAUUUGAUGUCUUGAUGUAAUAUUUUCAGGAUGAAAUGGUUCUAAUAAGGUUUUUUGACCAGGCAAUCUGCAUUUUCUCCCCAAAGUUGGUUUAAUAUGUAAAUAUGCAUUAUAUCAGAUAUUAUACACAACAUUUAUUUCUGCAUAAUACAAGCAUUUAUGCUAAAGUUUUAACCUUCUUUGUAUAAUUAUUUUACCUGUUACAGCAAUAAGCAUAAUUUGAGCAUCUAUUGAUCAGUGAAGUAGAAAAAAGCUACGUGCAGUUAAUGUUAUUGAGGUCUCAAAGAGGAUCUGGGUUGCAAAAAGUCAGAGCAUUUCUGAGUUUCUGUACAACUUGUGUGUUUGUGUUUGUACUCCACAUAUAUGUACUGAAAAUUCAGUGUCGCAAAUCACAAACUAUAAUAAUUCAAACCAAAUAUUUCUUGAGUGGUAAUUUUAUGUAGAGCAAAGCACUAUAGUUUGUCCCAAAACGUUUCAUGACUUCCUGAAUGCCAGGGAAUCUUCUUGUGUGAAUUAGAUGGAAAUGCUGCAUGCUUUACCUGAAAUAUCACCAUGUUAUAUUGAUCAUUAUGCUAAAGCAGUAAACAAUAUAUUGUUGCUCUACACCUUUAUAUAACAUGACAUGAAAAUAUGCGAGACGUUAUUCUGCAGACUUCCUAUAUAUACAAUGGAAGUUUUGAGAUGCUUGUCUUUGAACCAUUUUCAGUGGGUAAUUAAGGUGUUCUCAGAGGACACCAAAGUAUAUGCCAGUCUGUGUUUGAGCUGCAUUGUUUUGAGUGGUCAGGAUUUUCAUCUGUGGCAUGAUCCAUUAAUCCCGGAUUAAGCGAUAGCAGUUGACUGAGCUGAAACUGUACCGCUUUGGCCUAUCCCUAUUAUGCUUGUGUACAGGCAUUUUCUUGUUAGUCUUCAUCGUAAAUGUACAAGUAUAGAGGUGUCAGUUACAGGGAUUUGUACCGAAUGUUACGAUGUAACCAUUGUGUUUUGUAGGAAAUUCCGCUGUUAAAAGUUUAGAUACAAAAAUAAAAGUAAAC